AUGUGUGGUUUAUAUUUAUUAGAUUAUGCGAAUGCCUUAAAUCGAUUAGGAUAUGAAUUUAAAUGGGUCGAAAGACCCGAGGAUAUUUUAGCAGCAGAUGUAAGAAAACCAUUCAUGGGAAUUUGUGUCGGUUUACAGACUUUAUUUCAUGGAUCCGAGGAAAAUCCCAAUGUUCCUGGCCUGUGCAUUAUUCCAGGUACCGUGAAGCUCUUUAAUAAAACUGACAAAGCCGUUCCACAUAUGGGAUGGAACGAAGUAUUCUGCGUUAAGAGGAUUGACGAGGUUAACGAAGAUUAUUCAGAAGAUAAUUAUUAUAGCAUUAAACAAGGAACUGUCUAUUAUUUUGUCCAUUCUUAUGCUGUACCCUUCACCGAUGAUCUCAAGGAAUGGACACUCGCGACAACUCAAUAUGGUAAAGAAAUUUUUAUCAGCGUGAUUCAAAAAGAUAACAUUCUCUGCACUCAAUUUCAUCCAGAAAAAAGUGGAUAUGCUGGUUUAAGAAUUCUAAGAUCCUUUUUGCAAGGUGAUGGCAUUGUGAAUAAUGUCAGCGGGCAAUUCAUAAUAAAAAAUCCUGAAUUAUUAUCCCGAGAUCGGUUUACCAAAAGAAUCAUUGCUUGUUUAGAUGUGCGAACUAACGACCAAGGUGAUUUGGUUGUUACCAAAGGUGAUCAAUAUGACGUUCGUGAGAGUAGUGAUGGCUCAGGAGUUUCAGGACAAGUUCGCAAUCUUGGAAAACCUGUUGAUUUAGCACGCCGAUAUUUUGAUGAAGGUGCCGAUGAAAUUACAUUUUUGAAUAUCACAAGUUUUCGAAAUUGCCCGCUAACGGAUUUGCCGAUGUUAGAAAUAUUAAAGCGUACUUCAGAAACUGUUUUUGUUCCUUUAACUAUUGGUGGUGGUAUAAGAGAUGUAACUGAUCCUGAUGGUAAAUUUCAUUCCGCACUUGAAGUUGCGGGAGAGUAUUUUAGAUCAGGGGCAGAUAAAGUUUCUAUUGGUAGUGAUGCUGUGUAUGCUGUAGAAAAAUAUCUUGCAAAUGGUAAGAAACUAUCAGGAGACACCGCAAUCGAAACCAUUUCUCGUGCCUAUGGAUCUCAAGCGGUUGUAAUUUCUGUGGAUCCAAAACGUGUUUACGUUGAUUCCCCAACUAAUGCGAUGGGACAUCAUGUUAUCCCAACGUCAUACCCCGGUCCUAAAGGGGAAACAUGGUGUUGGUAUCAAUGUACUGUGAAAGGUGGUCGCGAAGGUCGAGAUAUUGACGUUCAUCAACUAGUUACUAUCUGUGAAGCUAUGGGUGCUGGUGAAAUUCUCCUUAAUUGUAUGGAUAAAGAUGGGACAAAUUCUGGAUACGACUUGGAACUAAUACAAGACGUGAAAAGAGCAGUCAAAAUACCAGUUAUUGCAUCAAGUGGUGCUGGACGUGAAGAACAUUUUGAAAAAGUCUUUGUCGAAACCAAUGUAGAAGCUGCUCUUGCUGCUGGUAUCUUUCAUCGACGCGAAGUACCGAUACAAAGCGUUAAAAACUAUCUAAAAGAAAGGAAUAUAUUGGUGCGGGAUAUGGUUCCCACUUUAUAA